CAUGAAUGCUUCUAGUACGUUUCGAAGAUGUAAACAAACAUUUUCAUUUUUAAUCGACAUUUUCGCCACCAGAACAAGAAAUAACCGCGAGAUAACCGCGAAAACGGUCUAGUUCCACAAUAAAACGUUCAAUUAACAUCAAUCAAUGUGCGUGUCGGCGUAUUCGCAUGCGGCAUACGGCGUUCCUUUGUGAUUUGUGAAUGAAUGUAAUGCUAACGUACUCCUUGUUUACGCAACACGUACGAUAAGGAAAGGACAACUACAACAGGAAAUAAAGAACCCCGUGGACCGUGCGCGUAAAAUACUACAUCGUACGUGCAUACCGCAAAACAAUGGGACCUUCGAAAGGUUUAUUUAUUAUCGCGCACAAAGAAAAAUAACGAUAAAUGAUAAUUCUAUUUUCGGUUGGCUGGUAAACGAAACGACCCGAUGGGCGUAGUUUUUGUGUGGCGACGAUAACGUUUUUUCGGUGUGUAAAGCGAACGUUUUUUUGCAAUAUGUCCGGACAAAAUUGCUCGAGAUUGAACAAAUCGUCGCCGAAUUCAGUGAAACAGGGGCCGCUCAAGGCGACUAUACCCAUUUCUUCCGUCAUGAAAAACAGCGGUAAUUUGAAAUCGCCGAGCGGGAAUAAUGCGUAUUUUCGGAAAAACGGGAGUUCCCCCGAGCACGCUUCAGGCCAGAGGAGCCCCGGAUCCGCCGGUUACAAAGGCAAACCGAAGGCUGCUUCGGCAACCAACUGUACCAUGCGAAGAACCGCUUCGAUGGACGCCAUUUACUUGAAAGGACACUGGCCAAGGGACGGCUUUCGUUGGAGCAUGGGCACUCUUCACGUUAACGAAGCCACCCAGGUAGAUAGUGCAAUUUACAUUUUAAUUCGUGCUAGCCAGCAAAUGGUUUUACAGACCGACGAAUCGUGCUUAUCGGAUUUGCGCCAGAUCCACUGCAUAUCCGAAAUAGACCGCAGGCAGGACAGGCCCAGUGCGAGAUCAAGAGUAUGGAGCACCAAAGAUCCGAAGGGUUCCCUAUCAGUUGGAGGAGGAGGUGGCGGAGAGAACACAUUAAAUACUAGUUCUCAAACUGUUUCAACUUAUUACUCGCCGCCGAUGCCGAAGCCGCUGACCAAACCGUCGAUCCGCAGUUCCGUGGAAGGGCUCAACCAGGAGAUCGAACGAUUGGUGUUGAAGACCGACGGCGAGACUCACGCGUGCAGAUCGUUCGAGGACCGGUAUUCGGAGACGAUACCGGAGGGCCACCGGGCGCCCGUCGCCGAUUUGUUCAAAUUCGCCGCCAGAUCGAGGUCCGUCGAUACGCAGACGCCGCAAAAUUUCGGCAACAGCUCGCACUCUUCGGGCGAGAGUCAGGGAUCGAGCCCGGACCAGGAGACGUCGAAGCUGGGUUCGUCGCCGCAAAUCAACCGGUUUCUGGCCCGGGAGCCGCCCGACGGCUGCGAAAAGGUCCUGUCGAAGUCGCUGACGGAGAACCGGUUGCCAGCGUUGGAGCACGCGCCGCAGCCCACUACUUUUAAAUUGCAACCCAGCUCGGGAUCCGCUUUUCAGAUACUCAGGCCCAUCAGAACGAACGUUUCCGAUCAAGACUUACCGAUAGUGCCCUCCGCUGACGACGAUUAGAGUCGUUUCGUUUGUAAUGUUUGAUGAGUGUUUCGAAGAUAGUUUUCGAGAUAACGAAGUACCUAUCAAAGUGUAUUUGAUGAAAUUUUGGGAUGAUGGAUAUUAUUGAUCCCUAGGUUGUUUUACAUGAUGCGAAUUUUACUUUUUAAUGUUUGGUAAAUAUUUAUCGAAAAAAUAUUCUAAAACGUCCAAAUUUGUUACGAACGUGCCCUACUGGUUUUUUUAUUGUGCUGAAGUUGCAUGAAAUUGAGUAGAUAAAUGCAUUUCAAGCAAAUUCAAAAUACUUAUUACAGAGUCGUCAUAAAUGAUUGAUUCCCACGUGACCUAAAAAUUUAUGCAACCCAAAGUGCACUGUUAUUAUUUUCAAGAAAUGUCCCUAUUUUGAAU